CACCAGAAGUUUUCUUUGCUGAGAUAGUCAUUUUUUUUCUUCUUUUUGGUUUAAGAAACGUAGAUCAUUACUUUUAUUCAAAAGUUAAGUACAAUUUUCUGGUUGAUGCUGGUACAAUAUAUUUGUUAAUUUGUACUAUAUUACAUAUAUUUUCAUGAUCUUAUGGAAAAUGUACAUCAAAAGAAAUGUAUCAUAUGAUCUUUUUUUAAAAGAUGUUAAAAUACAUAUUGAUUCAAACAAUUUAUACCAUUUUAAACUAAAGGAACUUUAAAAAAAUGAUCUCAUGCGACAUACAACAUUAGAAAAAAGUAUCUCGUGUGCUAACAAAUGUUUACACUAAAGAGAAUGCAUAUUUGUUUGGCGUAAACGACACAUUUUAGGUUUAACUCUUAUAAAAUUAAAUUUAUAGUGACUUUUCUAAUAUACCUUCUCUCAAUAUCUCACAAAAUAUAAAUUUGCUCUCACAUUGAUUUCCGUCCCCACUAUCUCUUACAAUUUGGAAUUAUUGACGAAGUACGAACUCAUAAUGUCGACAAGUAAAAAUCACAUAAUGGACAAUGGUCAAGGACAUAAAUCAACACAUGGCUAGUAAGCCUAGUAUAGAUGCUCUCGUGUUCUGUUCUAGGGUUUUGUACACUUAAAGUCUUCGCUAAACGACAAACAUUAGCAAAUUAUUACUUCAAAAUUAAAUUUCGUGACCAAUAACGAAACAUACUCAUGUAUUAUACGGUCAUACGGACGAUGUAUGAGUAUGACGGCUUUCAGGACUCAAGUCGGUUUUCGCCCAAUAAAAAUUGAUGGGCUUGCUCACUGUUUCUCAACCAAUGUCCAAUCCAAUAUCGAAUGUCUUUGGAUCGUUGGAACAGGCCUGGAACCAUAUAAUUCGUUUCCUAGUGUGUUGUACAGUCAUCGAGUUUUGGAUGAUUAUAUAACAUGUUUUUUUUUUUGAGAAAGAUUAUACAACUUGUUUCUUUAAACGGGUUUUAUUAAGAUAGCGUCUCACUGCCUGCGAAUGAUGUUAUGGCCAUAAUUGGUGUUGUCAAAACGAGCCAUCUAGCCUCUUUGGACGGUGAUGCCAAAAUUCAUAUACGAUGAUGAUAGCCAUUAGACACCCACUUAUCCCUAGAAAACCAUAAGCUUAAUUAACUUGCAUUCAUCGUUUUACUAAUAACUAAAAGUUUUAAAAUAUAAAAUCUGUUAAUUCAGAUAAGUAUAAAAUGAAUAAUUUUUUUAUCUUUUUAUUAAUUCUCACGUACGUAAAAAAAGUUAUUAAAAUUAGGGAUAAUUAUGUUAAAUUGGUAUAUAUAUAUAUAUAUAUAUAUAUAUAUAUAUAUAUAUAUAUAUAUAUUUAAUUUGGAAGAUACGGUCUAUUUUACUUACUUAGUUUUGUUUUGUUUUUCCCAUAAUUAUCUCAUUUUAAAAAAGACAAAUCUCCAAAAUAGCACCUUUCUAAGUUUAUAUCACAAAAAUAGCACUCAAAAACUAAAAUGACCAAAAAUAGCAUUUUAUCUUUUGAAAAAUUUAAUUUUUUUUAUUUUUCAAAAUUUGAAAUCUUAUCCCCAAAACCUCACUUCUCAACUCUAAACCCUAAAACCUAAACUCUAAACCCUAAACCCUAAAUUCUAAACCCUAAACCCCACCCCUUGAGUGCUAUUUUUGUAACUUUUGGCCUUGAGUGCUAGUUUGGGAACAAAAACUUGAUUUAGUGCUAUUUUGGUCUUUUUCUCUAAUAUCUAUGAUUAAUUAGUUCUUUUGAAAUUAUGAUAUUUAAAAAGCUUUCUUUUUGGUAUGACAAACUUUUUUUGAAGUGUGUGAAAAUUGUAAAAUCUUCUUCUAACUUUUAACACUUUAGUAUUCACGUAAUUCAAUUUGAUAAUUCUCAAUUGACUAAGUGUCAAUUUCAUUAUAUGUAUUAGUAUUAUUUUCAGCAAUCUUCUUUUAGAAUUCUUUUAUAUUUUUUCUUGCGGCAAUGCCUCUAGGGCUUUAGGAGAACGUGGAAUCUAAAGCGAUUCGAACUGGUGUCUAAGGUAUCUGCCUGUCUGUGAAAUUUUUGUAAUCCUCGUUUUACUUGCUGACUUUGAAGUAGUUUUUAUUCAUAAAUAACCUAGGGCCUUGCCUUGACCUAGUUGUCGUCCUUGAUUGCUUAUGACUGUUUACCUCGUUGUUCAGAAUCUCUAUUUCGUGUCAUUGCUUUGUAAGGAAUUUCAAAACAAGAAGCCACAUUGUCAGUUAUAAUAUGGAUUUGAUAAGUGAGUUGCCUGAAUCGCUGCUCUUGAGCAUAUUGUCGCUACUGCCUGCGCAAGACGUUGCGUCAACGAUGCUUUUGUCUAAACGAUGGCGGUUUCUUUGGACGUCCGUGCCAAGACUUGAAUAUGAUGAUAGCUACCAGAGUAUUGAAUACGGAAGAUUCUCCCGCUUUGUAGACAGGUUUUUGUUUCUGCACGAAGCUCCCGUGAUAGAGACUUUGCAUUUUAAACUUGGUAAAACCUGUGGUGGUGAAGAUAUCCGAGUGUGGAUUAGAGCUGCAGAUAAAUUCUGUGUGCGUGAGUUGAUUUUCGAAAUCGACUCGUCGUCUAAUGAUUCUCCACCCAUACUACUUCCAAGUAGUUUGUACACAGGGUGUAGAAUGCUUGUGACUUUGAAACUAAAUAAAGUAAUCCUUGAAGAUACUUCUUCCUCUAUUGCUUUCCCAUCUCUUAAAACUUUGAGCCUUGUAUCUGUGGAGUACCCUGGUGAUGAAUUUGUUAGUAGUCUUUUAUCAAGUUGUCCUGUUCUUGAAGACUUGCACGUGGAACAACGUCCGUAUGACAACGUGACUAUUUUCACCGUUAGAGUGCCUUCUUUAAAGAGUUUGGUAUUAUCGAUCAUCAUGGGUAAGGGUUUUUCAGUGAUAGAUGGGUUUGUGAUAGAUACUCCUUCAUUGGAGUGGUUGGACAUUGUCGAUUAUAGGAAUGCAUUUUGCAUCAUUGAGAAUGAUAUGCCUAAGAUUAUGACGGCAAGGUUUGACGUCAAUUAUAAGCAUCCUGGGGAGAUUCUGCGUUAUAUUACUUCAGUCAAGCGUCUCUAUUUAUGUUUAUUAUUAACUUCGGAGAAUGUGUAUCCUUCUGGUAGCAUCUUCUAUUGUCUUGUACAUUUAAAGAUAUGCACAUGUAUGACAAAGUGGUUGAAUCUACUUAUGUGUAUGCUCAGAGAUUCCCCUAAACUAAAAUCUCUCAAACUCGAACAGUGCCAUAUCCUUCAGGCUUGGCGUCCAUGUUGGAAGGAACCGAACUCAGUUCCUGAAUGUCUGUUAUCGAGUCUAGAAGCUCUUGAAUGGGUAGGAUAUGAAGGAACAGAAGAAGAAAAAGAAGUAGUGGCAUUCAUCUUAAGAAGCGCAAACUGUUUAGAAAAAGUAAGCAUCUGCUCUAAUUCUACAGACCCUUGCAAGAAACUUGAGCUUGUCAAAGAGUUGUUGUUUCUGUCAAGGUGUUCAAGUACCUGUAAUUUUAUAUUUGACUGAAGUUGAUGAGUCAGAAUUGAUCUGAAUCUUAGAUUUUUUUUUCUG